AAUAUGGAAGAGACGUACUCCUUGCCUUGACAUGACAAGAGGACACCCGUUCAGAAAAAGAAGAUGCGUCGAAUUUCUGCGACUUUUGCUGUUACAUUCUUCUUGACUUUGUUGAUCAACUCUUGUUAUGGUCAACAAAAAACGCAACAAAGUCGAGCACUGACCGAAUAUCUUCUCGACCCAUCCAGGUACAACCGCGAUGUUAUACCAAUUUGUGGCAACCAAAGUCACCUGACAGUUAAAAUUGGCCUAGCAGUAAGAGACAUUGUCGAGCUUAUAGAAGUGCAGCAAAUUAUCCGUCUGAAAAUUUGGAUGCGGUUAAGAUGGAAAGACUGCGUGUUAAAGUGGGACCCUUCGAAAUUUGACAACAUAACUAAUAUUGUGAUUCCGUAUGAGAAGAUCUGGAUUCCCGACAUAACCUUAUUUGAAAGCGUCUGUGAUGAAGCCAAUAUGCCUGACAUGGAUCGCUAUAGAGCCUACGUCACUUCCGAUGGAGAAGUGAGUUACAAUUUUGCGACAAUCAUUACCACUGUAUGCCGGGUGGUCGUGACGUACUUCCCAUUUGAUAGCCAAGUAUGUAUACUGACUUUCGGAUCAUGGGUGUACACUGGUAAGCAGAUUGACUUAGAGGCCGCUGGGGACAGCGCCGAUAUUGACAACUUCCAGCUGCACAACGAAUGGAGCCUGGAGUCAACAAAGCUCAAGAAACGAGUCGCCUACUACUUGUGUUGUUCAGAUCCAUUUCCAGAUAUUAUCGUCCAUAUUUAUCUGAAAAGAAAACCGACAUUUUACGUUGUGACCAUUAUCUUCCCGUGCUUUGUCAUCACCAGUUUAACUUUCAUGGGCUUCGUUUUGCCACCCAUUUCCGGAGAAAAAAUUUCCUUGCAAAUGACAGUGCUUUUGUCGCUUACGGUGUUCCUAUUUCUGGUACAAGACAAACUUCCCUCGGACUCGGAUCACUUUCCAUACCUUGCCAUUUACUUUGCUUUUUCCAUGCUGUUGGUGUGUCUGUCCAGUAUAAUGUCUGGAAUAGUGAUGCACGUGCAUUAUAAAUCUCCAGAGAGAUACAAAAUGCAUCCCAUUCUUCGCAGCCUCUUUCUGGACAAACUUCGGAAGUUAGUUUGUGUCAGUUCCGUUAAAACCACCUGCACUUCACAAGUAAUUAUCAAACAAGGUAGGUUUAUGCAUGCCGUGAAAAGCAUUGAAAAGCAUCUUCCACGUCACAACAGCCAAUCAAAAGCAAGGCACUCCGAUUCAAACAACACCAUAAAGUCUGAUGACCAUGUGAUAAGUUCCAAUGGAAACAUUGCCAAAGAAUCCCAUGGAAAUAUCCCAGUGGAUGUUGAAGACAUUGAGUUUAAAGACCAAGAGGAUAUUUGUGAAGAUCCUAAUGAAUGGGAACUAUUGGCAUUCAUCCUUGAUCGUUUGUUCAUGGGAAUAUACGUCCUAUUUAACGCCAUAACUGCCAUCACAUUUUUUUCUGUUAUGCUUUCUAAACAUGGCAAUGAAAUUGAUGAGUAAUUUUAUGAUUUAGUGCAACCAUAUUUCUCAAUAAAGAUUAUCA